AAGGGUCGAAUUUGGUGGAAGUCCGUAUCAAGUCUGGUGGUAUUCAACUCGAAGAUAAGUUAUCCGUCACAAGGUGGGCUUCCCAACGUCCCACCAAUUCUUCUCAUCAAAGUCGUCAUCGUCGUCUACACCACAGUUCCUUACGCCGUUUGAUCUCCGGCGACGGUUACAAUUUCCGAUCUUCUGUUAAUUUAAUAUAUAUUGACCUCUAUCUUUUGCUUGUACGAGACAUCCGGUUGUCAAUUCUCUUUGGAAAUUAAGCCAAUGAUGUAAAUGGUAUCUUAGCCAGAGGUGUUGUCAACUGCAGAAUUAUCUAUGGACUUCUUCAGGACAUUCCUGAACAGUCCUGUUGGACCCAAGACUACUCAUUUCUGGGGUCCUAUAGCCAACUGGGGAUUCGUUGCCGCUGCUCUAGCCGACAUCCAUAAACCUCCAGAGAUGUUAUCCGGCAACAUGACAGCAGUGAUGUGUGUAUAUUCGGCCUUAUGCAUGAGAUUUGCGUGGAUGGUGCGGCCUCGGAACCAUCUACUUCUUGUAUGCCAUGCUUCAAAUGAAACAGUGCAGCUCUUUCAACUUUCGCGUUGGGCAAAAGGUCAAGGGUACUUGCAGCAGAAGGAAGAUAACACACCCUCAACUUGACUUCAGACUGGAUCUUUUAUUCGGGUAGUUGUUUCAGUUUUACCGUAAAUCUAAAGCUUAAUUAAUUCAGUUCCCGAUUUUUCAAGAUAUAUAUGUCGGCAUGGAGGUUCACUUGCGAUGACUCCAGGUCAUUUAUGGUCGCUUUGGAGAUUAGUCGGUGCUCGUAAGCUAGCCCGAAACCCAAGGUUACAAAACAAUAACUGUAGGCUAUAUAUGUAUCUUGAUUUGCUUUGAAUGUGAUUUUUCAUUUGAUCAUUUAUAGUAAUGCUUUUAUCUUC